CCCGUGGUGGUCCGAGCCGUCUUGUGUCAGAGCGCCGCCAUGGCUGUGCGGUCCGAUGCCCUGGACGAACUGCCCGCAGCCUGCCUGUCGCCGUGCGGGCCGCCCAACCCGGCCGAGCUGUACAGCGAGGAGCGGCGCUUGGCGCUCGAGGAGCUGGUGGCGGGAGGCCCCGACGCUUUCGCGGCCUUCUUGCGACGCGAGCGCCUCGGCCGCUUCCUAAACCCCGACGAGGUGCGCGCCAUCCUAGGCGCGGCCGAGCGGCCCGGCGAGGAGGGCGCGGCAGCGGGGGCCGAGGACUCCUUCGGCUCGUCGCACGACUGCUCCUCCGGCACCUACUUCCCCGAGCAGUCGGACCUGGAGCCGCCGCUGCUGGAGCUCGGCUGGCCCUCCUUCUAUAAGGGUGCCUACCGCGGGGCCACGCGCGUCGAGGCGCACUUCCAGCCCCGCGGCACGGGCGCCCGCGGUCCCUAUGGCUGCAAGGACGCGCUGCGCCAGCAGCUCCGCUCGGCGCGAGAGGUGAUUGCAGUGGUUAUGGAUGUUUUCACGGACGUCGACAUCUUCCGAGACCUGCAGGAAAUCUGUCGGAAACAGGGAGUUGCUGUCUACAUCCUUCUGGACCAGGCCCUGCUCUCUCAGUUUUUGGAUCUGUGCAUGGAUAUGAAAGUUCAUCCUGAAGAGGAAAAGCUGAUGACAGUUCGGACGAUUACAGGAAAUAUUUACUAUGCAAGGUCAGGAACUAAAAUUGUUGGGAAGGUUCAUGAAAAGUUCACACUGAUUGAUGGCAUUCGUGUGGCUACAGGCUCCUACAGUUUUACAUGGACGGAUGGCAAAUUAAACAGCAGCAACCUGGUCAUUCUGUCCGGCCAAGUGGUUGAACAUUUUGACCUGGAGUUCCGAAUACUGUACGCACAGUCAAAGCCCAUCAGCUCCAAACUCCUGUCCAGCUUCCGGAUCAGCGGUAGGUUUGACCAUCUCAUCGACCAGAAACCACUGUGCAAGGAGCUCACGCUGGGCAACCUGCUGCGGCUACGGCUGGCCAGGCUCUCGAGCAGCCCCAGGAAGGCCGAGCCAGGCUGUGAGGAAGGCCAGGCAGAGGCCGGGCGCGAGGACUCUGAGGCCUCCACCAUCAGUGAGGAGGGCUGCUUCAGCAGCCGCAGAGACAGGCUGGAGGGCGGGAGGGUGACCGAUGCCACCACUCAGACGGAGCCAGGAGAGGAGACGCCCGCCGUGAGCAUGAGUGACGUGGGGACGCAAGCCAGCAUGGCCACAGCGUGCACUGGCACCCAGACUGACAUGGACAAGAAUGUUCUCUCCUUUCUGGGAACCCAGGCUAAAGAGGGGUCAGCAGUAUCAAAGAUGUCUGUGUCGCGAUCCUCCAGUUUGAGGUCUUCCGCCUCUCUGUCCUCCCAAGGCUCUGUGGCCAGCUCCAUCGGCUCCCAGACUUCCCUCAGAGCCAACGACGUCGUCACACCUGGACACCCCAAGUACUGGAGCACCCCCCACUUGGAUCUGUGCUCUAGGGACUCAUUGAGAAAGUUGAAUAAAGAGCGGCAGAUUCACUUUGCCGGAAUCAGGUCCCGGCUCAACCACGCGCUGGCCAUGCUUUCAAGGAGAACGUUCCUUACUGAAAACUACCUCAGUUUUAAUUCUGGAAGUUUUGCCAGAUCAUCAGCUAAUUUGCUGGCUGUUAGAGAAAUCACGCUUUAUCCCUCCUCUCAGUGA